AUGGGAGGGGGCGGGGAGGAAAAGGCUGGAGGAAGAGAGAAGGAUCCCUUGGCUCCAUACGAUGAUGCGAUUUUCACGGGCGAGAUGUACAAGAGCGGCGAUGGAACCAAGGUUCUUGAGAGAAGAGACGGCACCAAGGUGUUGCAGCGAGCAGACGGUGUGCAGGUUGUCAAGGUUCAAUGCUCCGGGUUCUACUGUGUUGAUGUGGAGUCGUUUCAGAAGCCAGGUACAGAAUCCGAUCUGAGUACUUUGGUCACGACGGUCAAAGUCAUUGUGGGUGGAGUCGCCCCGCUGCUGAUGCCAUGGUGCAUCAAGAACCAGGGAUUGCUGGGAGGAACGCUUACGAUCGUGCUGGUCGGGAUUCUCAGCUCCUUCACCGUCAAGCAGCUGGUGGAGUAUCGGGACGCUGUUUCAGUGGAGACCGGCCGAGAUGAUUUGACCUAUGUCGAUGUCGCCAAGCAUGCGUUCGGGGUCUUGGGGGGCACCGCCGUCUUCGGAAUGACGCUGGUCAACAGCCUGGGUAUUUGUGCGGCAUACUCCGCUUUCAUUGGAACAACUCUUUCUUCGCUUUCCUCGUCUGAGGGCAACAUCAUUCACAGCCUAGUUCCAGAACUUUCCUCGAACGGUUUUCAACUGGCGGCUGCUGCUCUCAUUCUCCCCAUGAAUGCCCUCGCGAGCAAGUGCGUUGAUCUUACGUACGGAUUUUCCGUCACUCCGGAUAUUUUUGAAAGGCUUUUCACCCUACCCCUCUUCACAUCGCCUGUAGAGUACUUCCGAUCGUUUGGAGUGAUUCCUCUCCUGUUCUGUGUUCACUUCGCUGUCCUGCCAAUCGAGAGGAGUAUGAAGAACAGACAAGCAUUUCCUGAAGUCCUUGACAGAGCGACCUUUGCCUGCAUUCUGGCCAACUCUCUAUUUGGUGUGUUGGGUUUUCUCUUCUUCGGAGAAGAGACAUCGUCGGUCGUACUUGACAAUCUAGGCAAUGGGUCGUUCUUGACGUGGGUGAAGCUUUCGCUCGUUCUGGACAUGCUCGUCAGCUAUCCGGUCAUGCUCACAUCGUCUCGAGAGAUCGUUGAGAACGCCAUCCUGGGAAGUGAAACAAGAAACUCUCUGGUUCAAAGGCUGUUGAUCAGGACGAUGUUGAUAUCGACUGCGUUCCUCAUCGCGCAGAUCAACGAUGUGGGGAAGAUUUGCAACCUGGUCGGAGGAGUAUGCCAGUGUGCUCUCGCUUUCAUGAUCCCUCCUGCUCUCGCCAUGAGAGCUUCCAAGAACUGGGGCCGUCCAGGGAGCGCUGCUGGAGUGGAGCAGACUAUCCCGCAGAGGACCGCAGGGCGAGUAAGCCCAUAUUCCCCUCGUUCCAUGCUCGCCUACUUUAUCAUUUUCUUCGGCGGGUUCUCCUCCUUGGCAACCCUCUUCUCCUGUUUCAGCCACUAG